ACUCAGAGGAGGGGUUUAGGGCUUCGUUUACAUAAAAUGGAAGAGAUUAAUGGUCAUUUUACAUAAAAGGGGGUUGGAUUGUUCAUUAUUUGCAUGUAGUGGGCGCGGCCAAGUCGCUCUGCCUAAAUAAAGGCGGCGCGGGUGCCCUCCCCCCAUCCUCCCCAAUCUGCCGGCGAGAUACGAAACUUUGGGGUCCGGGAGGUGAGACUUAGGGCUGUUAGAGCUGCCCUCUUUGGCGGUCCUGGUGCUCGGAGAUCCCAGCAAAACCAUCGCUGCCGCGACAGCCCCUGAGGCUCCGAGGCAUCCCCACGUCCUGCAUCUCCACGGCUGCUCCGAGCCCACCAUGAAAGCCAUCAGCCCGGUGCGCUCCGUCCGCAGCUGCUACGAGGCCGUUUGCUGCCUCUCGGAGCAGAGUUUGGCCAUCGCCCGGGGCAGCCACAAUAAGAGCCCGGCCUUGGAAGAACCCAUGAACUUGCUCUACGAUAUGAACGACUGCUAUUCGAAAUUGCGGGAGCUGGUGCCGGGCAUCCCUCAAGGCACCAAGGUGAGCCAGGUGGAGAUCCUGCAGCACGUCAUAGACUACAUCUUCGACCUCCAGAUCGUGCUGGAGGAGGGGUCCAAGGGCCGCGACCCCUCCUCCGAGGCCACCCUGUUCUCCCUUAAGGCGGCCGAACUCGCUUCAGAACUCCGCACCAAAGACGAGAGAAGUUUGUGUCACUAACGCCACCUCCAUCAGCAAACAGGCAGCGAGUGUCGGUUCCUGGUUCGUUAUCAGCCGGAGG